AUGGAGGGGGGGUCAGAUGGGGAGGUUACCACGGCGAGGGCGCGUGGAGAGGGCGGUAAACUGUGGCUGCGACGAGGGAGCAGCACCGGCGGCGGCAAGCUCGAAGCGUGGCAUCAGUUCCUGAACGAGAUUAUCGCACAGCACCUUGAGAACAAGUGUGACUACAGCGCAAUGGAAGAUGAGGAGGACUUCUUGGACGUCCUGCUGCGCCUGAGAGAAGAAGGAACCGCCGGACUAGAGCUCACCGACGAUAGCAUCAAAAGCCUCGUCAAGGACAUGAUCUUCGCUGGAACCGAGACGACAUCUAUCACGCUGGAAUGGGCCAUGGCUGAGCUCAUCCAAAACCCGCGGGCAAUGGCCAAGCUGCAGGACGAGGUAGCACGAGUCUCCAACGGCAACCCGACCACCGAGGAAGACGACCUGCACAGGAUGGAGUAUCUCAAGGCAGUGCUCAAGGAGUCGCUCCGGCUCCACCCGCCGGCGCCGCUCCUCGUCCCGCACGAGUCGACGGCCGCCGCCGUCGUCCAGGGAUACGAAAUCCCGGCCAAGACCGCGCUCUUCAUCAACGCGUGGGCGAUCGGGCGGGACCCGGCGGUGUGGGGCGACGCGGCAAAGGAGUUCCAACCGGAGCGGUUCCUCGACGGCGGUGGCGUGGCGAGCAUCGACCUGCGGGGGAACGACUACCAGCUCCUCCCUUUCGGCGCCGGUCGACGGGUCUGCCCCGCCAUCAGCUUCGCGCUUCCGGCGCUGGAGAUCGCGCUCGCCAGCCUCGUCGGCCACUUCGAUUGGGAGCUCCCCAUCGGGACACGUCUAGACAUGAGCGAGGCGCCGGGGCUGACCACUCCGCCGCUAGCUCCGCUGCGCCUCCUCCCCAAGUGCAAGACACUUGUUUAG